GAGCGAGGGGUUUGCAAGCCGAUAUCUUCCGCGGACAUAAAAGCGCACGCCGCCGCCGCAAACCCUCCGCUACCACCACCGCCCGCCUCCACUCCUCCGGUCCGUCGUUUUCGUCCUUGGUAGGCCGACGCGAGAAUCGCCCGACAUCGUUCGCCACCGAGAUCUCCACCGACGCGCUGGGUCUCCGCUGCACCCAGCCCCUCCGCAGUUGACAUACCACGCCGCCACUCGCCGAUCUAUGGCAUCCUCGUCUUCGGUUACACGUCGCAAGAAUACUUCCCCGCUUCUGGUCUCCACCCCUGCUGAGGACACCCCGCACCUCCAUGGCUAUUGGUCCCUUCCACCCCCGCCGGCCACCUCCGCCGGUCGCCGACCUCGUCCGUACUCGGCAUCCUCAGCCGAACGUCAUCGGGCUUCUCCAAGACCGUCCUCACUCUCAGGCAAUGAAGAUCCCCUCCACCGUGGUCGCCUGACCCAUCAGUCGCAGUCAGAAGGCUCUCGGCUUUCGGAGGAUCCUCCCCGGCCACUCGACUUCUCCGCCAAGCAUGGUCACCUAACCAAGGCACUUCCUAUGCUUAAAGUUGGUCCUCUUGUUCCCACCCCAAAGGCUACUAAGGAUGAGAUUGAGAAGAGGCAUAGGCAACAACGCAAUAUGGCAGAGGUGGUAGUCGUGUACCGGUCCGUUAUACUUCUCAUCUUCACUGCUGCACUCUUCUACUACGAAUGCCAAAGGCUGAUAAUCUUGGUCUCUGAGAUUGCUGCGGUCCUUUGCCUUCUUCUUUAUCUCUGGUCUUCCCACAUUAUGCAGUUUUGGUUAGACCGUCCAGUGACCAAGGAUGCCUCAUUGGUCGUGUUCAUUUGGUGCUUAGUGCUUUGCCUACUAGGGUUUCUUGUAGGAGUGAUGAUUAGUCCAGUUGCUGCUAUGGUCAUCACCAGUUUGGCUGCAAUAUGCAUGUCAGCAUUUUUUGUGCGAAGUCUACAUGAGUAUCUACAUACAAGAUCAGUGUGUUGUCUUAGUGAGGGAGGAGACAGUUUCUCCAGUGCCGUGGCUCACGGGGGGCAUACCAAGAACAGGAGAUCAGUUUCUCGCCAAGUUGUAUUUGCCAAGCCCCCAUGGAAAUAGGUAAGACAUGCAAUUCUACUACUUCAGUCUUUGAAGUUGGAGUUUUCAUGUGGUUCUGCAUUUUGUUUUGGUUUAGAUUUGAUAAAAAGGAAAGAUAAACUCCAAAUGUGCAUACAUAUGAAUUAAGUGGGCACAAAAGUAGCUGAAUUUGUGAUACCAGUCUUUUUAUAUACUAGUAGAUGCUAUUUCAUAUACUAUCUGGCCUAAUGUUGUAGCAUAGCACAGCAAGUACCCUGAACAGCAUGAGAUGAUGACAAAAGAGUCUCUAACAAUAGAAUUUCGGCAUAACAUGGCUGUUCCAUAUAGCUAGGUUAUGUUAAUUUCAGAUUCCUGGGUUAUUCUGCAAGGAAUUAAAAGAUAAGACUCACAAAUCACUUGACAGAAUAAUUCAGUUUUCUUUUCUAGAUUUUGUUUCCAUUUCCAGAUACAUAUGUUUGAAAUGAAUUGGGCAAUUAGAAUCCACAUUCUGUUAUUACAUUGGAGUAUCAGUGUAUAACCUUUUUUGGCCAUGAUAGCAUAAAUGUACUAUUCCUAUUCAGUUCGGCAAGCGAAUCUCCAGUUACGAGCAAUCUGAAGAUAUCAAGGUGCAAAUGUAAGUAGCAAACAUGAAAUGAAUAUUUUCAAUUGAAAACAUGAGAGUUAUAGUGAAAAGCUUGCAAGUAUAGGCUUGAUAGCGAAAUUUUAUCCACUUCAAGCAGUCUUUCAAAUAGUUAUACAGUCUGUACUUGGUGAGUAGUUUGACUGGACAAGACCAGAACCAGUCCCUUUACAUGGUUACUUGGUUAGAUCGGAAAGUAAAUCUCCCUAUGAAUUUAUAAGCUGUAUUACUGUACCGUAACAGAUUAGCAUAGUUUUCUCUCAUGCUAACUACUAUAUGUGUGUUGCAUAGUGUAUAAAUGUAAUACUUAAGUGCAACAAUGGAAAUAAUUUCGCAAGAACAUAAGAACUAAAUUUUUUAUGUGCCUCGUGCGAUAACAGAAACUUCAUAAAACAAUCCAGUUUCAUAGUAAAAUCAUCCAUAGAGGCCUAAAUUUGUAUAAAUAGCCUAGAGAUGUCUUAGUCCCACAGCUCAGUCCCAGAACUGACGAGUUCUCUGCAGACAGGUACAGAUUAUUCACAAGACCGUACAUAUAUAUAAUAUGUUAACAGUUGAUAAUUAAAAUGAUGUCAAGUAUCCCAUGCACAUGUAGUGUGAGUAUAGAUUUAAUAAUAACUGCUUCCCCCCCAAAAAAAGCAACUCAGUGCUGAGACAUGACCUAAAUCAAAUUUUGUUUCUGAUAACAUGGUACAACAAACACAUUUGCAGUGCUCUCUUCAGAAUGCUGAACAUUAGAACAUCGGAGGUGUAUACGGAUGCUGUUAGUUUCAAUGGUGAUUUCUGCGGAAAGAAAGUUUGCUGUACUUCUCAUAUAAGAUAACUUAGUUCAUUUUCUAACAACACUAGACAUGUCUAGUCGCUAGUUUAUUUUCGAACUAUAUUCCUUGGUUCAUUAAAUACUUGUGUGCUUGUGCAUGCCUACUUGCGUUCCUGUACAUGGCGUGUGCGUGCUUGUGUGUGUUUUGUAUAAAAAAUACUUAUGUGUUUGGCUGUGUAUUGUCAUGUUAUUAUCCUUUUUCUGGAAGCAGUGGUACACAUCAAAUUUGGAUGUUCAACCUUGAACAUAGCUGAACAAGUUCUUUGUCAUGCUUUUCUGCUAAGACAAACUUCCUGAUCUUCUUGCAUAAUUUAGCCAGUUCUUUGUCAUGCUUUACAUUUGUCAGCUGCCAGACUUUGGUUUCUAUAAGUCAAUUUUCGUGCCCAAAGCAAGCAAAUUGUUGCACAAGGUUUCUAAUCCUUUCUUUCUUCGCUCUAUUUUAGGGACAUUGUUUACUGCAUUGUUCCCUGAGCUGGUUGUAAAAACUGGGAGCUAGCUGCGCAACGUCAGAAAAGGUUGAAAAAUGUCGCCACCACCAAAUUACUGCUGCCUUUUGCUUUCAUCAUCAGCUGAGUAUCAAUUAAAAUUAGGAAAGUUUGCUACAUUAGAUGGGGAUUAUUAGCAUCUAACAGUUGACUCCAGGAUGCAAAUUAUCGUCGCAAUGUUCUAUCUAUUUUUAUUAAUGUUCAUCAGUUAGCAGAUUUUUAUUUAUGUAGGAUUCUGAAACUCUCUAAUGGUAUGCAUUAAUUUACAAAAUGGCUCAAAAAAUAUUUAUCAGUUAUGGAAUUGUAUGAGAUUGAAACGUUGACUGA